AUGGCGUGCGACAGCAAACUGAUUGAUAUGAGCCUAGAUGAAAUCAUUAAACUGAACAGAAGGACUCAGCAAGUAGUUGGGAAAAAAGCUGGAGGUUAUCAUGGCAGACUGGCAGUGAGGUCGGCGGCUGGAACUCCACCAGCAAGACCACCGACACACAAGAUGUACUGGCAACACCGACGUCGCCAAAAGGCCAUUAUUCGAAGCCAGCAGUUGAAUCAAGGAAAAGGUCUGCUUAUUCCCGUCAGUUGUCAAGUUCUAACAUCGACCAUGCCAACUUCCAGCAACACCGCUUGGCCCACAUCAAGACGGCCAGACACAGGUCAAGGCGGGAAAUCCAAUCUGUCAAUCAACCGGUUUUACUGGUACGACGUAACCGGCGUGGUGAGUUCGUGUCGAAACCAGAAUUCUCAAGAACUCGAUCAGAAGUUGCGUGAGUUCGAGAUGUAA